GGCCCCACCCCGGGGCGGCACCAGCGAGGACCCGGGUGUCCGGGAUCGGAGCAGGAAGCGGGAGCCGGUGGCGGCCGCGGGGCCCGUGGAGCCGGGAGCGGGGCUGUGGGCAGAGGAUAGCGGGGGGCCGGGGCACCCCAGGGCCCCGGCCCCGCCAUGGGUGCGCUGGUGCCGCUGGUGCUGGUGCUGGUGGUGACGGGCGGGCGCGGUGCGGCCCGGGACACCUUGGCCUGCACACAGGGCCUCGCCUGCCGCCUCCUGGACCCCGAUGUGCUGUGCGGGAUGGAGCCGCAGGGAUCUCCCCAUGGGCUCGCCCUGUCUCGGCUGCGGCUGGAGCCGGCGCUGCGCUGCACCGGAGCCAGGGCCUGCGCUCCCUGCCUGGAGGCACGGCUGCGCCUGGCUGUGCCUCCUGCGGCAGGGCACGGCGGUGAUGCGGGACGGGGGUCACCAGAGCGUGGGGACCCCUCUCCCCAGCACAACGCCAGCGGGGUGCUGCUGCUCGCCGCGCACACGUACACCUCCUCCCGCUGCGUGGCCAUGGAGGUCUGGGCACCCAUAGGCACUGCGCUGCCCGGGAGGAUGCUGGGCUGGGUUACAUUCCGGUGCUUUGAGGCCCCGCUGGGCUCCGAGCUCCGUGUCACGGCGCACACCACCACGCACGGCCACCGGAGGCUGAGCCAGCUGCAGCGGGUACCAGACUGCUCGUGGCCUGUGGCACAGAGUGCUGUCACCCAGUGCCAAGCACCCAGGUUGCAGGUCUCCCCGGGGCCCAAGGAGGUGGUCAUUGAGGUGCAGGGGGCGAUGCCAGGGCACAGCUACACCCUCCGGCUCUACCACAACCAAAGCCAUGGCACAGGCGGGCCGGGGCGCGUGGUGACUGUGCAGAGCAGCAACGUGAGCUACAGCCUGCCAGCCGAGGAGGUGCUGCCCUGCCUCUGCCUGCAGGUGUGGCUGGAGACCCAGGACCCGUUGCGGGCCACCCUGUGCCCCUUCUCCCAUGAUGCCAGGGCCUGGCAGCGGCUGUGGGCCCACAGCAGGCUGGUGCUGCACACUGAUGCACAGGCACUGACCUGCUCCCUCUCAUCCCCCUGUGAUCUCUCAGCUGAGCUCAUUCCCUGCUGGCAACCAGCACCCACCGGGCCCUGCCAAGCGCUGCCCGGCCUGCGGCACCCCGCUAUGGGGCAGGGAUCCCAGGAGCUUGGGGGGCUGCGGCCACACCCCAACCUUUGUGUGCAAGUGUGGAGCCACGGGCAGGUCCGGCUGAGCCAGUGCCUGCAGGAUCGAGCACUGCCCGGCCGCCCCGAUGACAUCCUGCUGCUGGAGCGCCACGGGAACACCUCGCUGUGUGUGCUGGAGCGGGGCGCAUGCACCCCCCUCGCCAGCUUCACCAGCACGGGAUUGGGACCCCCGGGGCUGCUGGAGCAGGAGCUGCGGCGGGAUGUGGCGAUGGGACGGUGCAUGCAGAUCUGGCACCAUGAGAACGGCACCGCGGUCACGCUCUGGGCCUGUCCCAUGCAUAAAUACCUGCGUGCCCGCUGGGUGCUGGCAUGGAUGGGGGUGCUGCUGGGAGCUGCCUGCCUCCUGCUCCUGCUCCUGCUGAAGAAGGAGAGCAUUAAAGGCUGGCUGAAGUCCCUGCGGGUUGAUUACAGCUCUGAGGCCCCGCUGCGCGGCCGGCGGGCGCUGCUGGUGCACGCGGUGGAGCCGGUGGCAGAGCGGGCGGCCUGUGCCCUCCUGGCAGCCCUGCGCCCGCUGGGGCUGGCCGUGGCGGCAGCACCGGGAGGCAGCAGCGGGGCGGCAGCGUGGGGACCUCUGCCCUGGCUGCACUCACAGCACCACCGGGCGCUGCGCGGCGGGGACACCAUCAUCAUCCUCCUCUCGCCGGCCGCCGUGGCUGCCGCGCACCAGUGGGACGCUGCCCCCAGCCCCGGUGAUGUCCCCAGCACAGCACCAUGCGAGGCCUUUGCUGCGGCGCUGGCUUGUGCCGUGCCGGAGCUGGCGGCUGGCAAUGGGCGCUAUGUGGUGGUCCGGCUUGAGGCCUUGGUGCCGUUGGUGCCACCGGUGCUGCGGGCAGCCCCUGCCUUCGCUCUGCCCAGUGAGACCGUGGGGUUCCUGCGGGCGCUGGCGGCACCGCGGCGGCGGGGACGGUGGCUGGAGCCGUACGUGGCGGCGGUGGCCGAGGGGCUGCAGCGGGCGGUGGGGGAAUAA